AUGAAUAAAUCGCGCGUCACUGUUCUUCUCUAUCUAUCUAUAAGCGGAAACGAAUUGUUACAGUUUCACAACUUAUCUCUCUCUCUUUCUCUCUACCGAUUAAAAGCUUCUCUCUUUCUUCCGUUAGACCCGCUCUCUCUCUCUCCAAUCUUCUUCUUCAUCUCCGUCUCUUCUUCUUCUUCUCCCAAUCUCUACACGAUGACCUCGAAGAACAACGGCUUGAACGCCGCGCUCGUCUCGAAUCUCCAAGACGUGCUUUCAAAACGAAAAGGAGCGAACGAUGGAUCCGCUUCGGAGGAGCAAGCUCCGUCUACCUCUGUUACGACCAAGGAGGAGGUAGAGGCAGAGAAGGAGAUCGAUGACGUAAGACCCAUUGUUUUAGUAACGAAUAGCGAUGGAAUUGAUUCGAUUGGGAUAGUCUCUCUCGUUGAGGCUUUGGUUAACGAAGGGAUUUACAAUGUCCAUGUCUGUGCUCCUCAAACGGAGAAGUCGGUUUCGUCUCAUUCUAUGACUCCUGGAGAGACCAUUGCUGUGAGUUCCGUUAGUAUCAAAGGUGCCACUGCCUUUGAAGUUUCAGGGACUCCUGUGGACUGUAUCUCAUUAGGAUUAUCAGGAGCGCUUUUCGCUUGGUCAAAACCAAUUCUGGUGAUUAGUGGAAUCAAUCAGGGAUCAAGCUGUGGGCAUCAAAUGUUCUAUUCUGGUGCAGUGGCUGGAGCCAGGGAAGCCUUGAUUUCUGGAGUACCCUCUUUGUCAAUAUCAUUGAACUGGAAGAAAGAUGAAAGCAAAGAAAGUGACUUUAAGGAUGCUGUUGGUGUCUGUUUACCUUUGAUAAACGCCACAAUUAGAGACAUUGAGAAAGGAGUUUUCCCUAAAGAUUGCUCUCUCAACAUUGAAAUUCCAACAUCUCCUUCAUCGAACAAGGGUUUCAAGGUAACGAAACAGAGCAUGUGGAGGCAGAGUCCUAGUUGGCAAGCUGUUUCAGCUAACCGUCACCCUGGUGCUGGGAAUUUCAUGUCCAACCAGCAAAGCCUAGGAGCUCAACUUGCCCAGCUUGGCAGAGAUGCUUCAGCUGCUGGAGCGGCUCGUCGAUUUACUACACAGAAGAAGAGUAUUGUGGAGAUUGAAUCGGUUGGUGUUGCUCCUAAAACUGAGAGCCGUGUUAAAAAAUACUUCCGCCUAGAGUUUGUGGCUAAAGAACAAGAACAUACGGAUGAAGAUUUGGAUAUUAAGGCUCUAGAAGAUGGUUUUGUAAGUUGGCAUGAUCACACGCUCUUUUCUGCAUCAUCCCUUGGGCUCCUCUUAUCAUGAUACAGAGAGUGUUCUGGUCUAGAUUUUAAGCUACU